CAAGCAUACCGCCCAGGUUAGCAGUUAUGGACCUCUCGAAGCUAACCGAGAAGACAAUCAACGUCUCCCGCGGCUUCACAUACACAUAUUACACCUCGUCAGCCCAAGGAUCUAGGCCGACUCUCAUCCUCUUUCACGGAUGGCCCGACACCGCACGCCUCUGGGCCGGCCUCGUUAACGACCAUCUUCUUCCCCAAGGUUAUGGUGUCAUUGCCGUGGAUACCCUCGGAUACGGCGGGUCUUCCAAGCCAACCGAUGAGAAGGCAUACGCGUGUGACGGCCUCACAGCUGACAUUGUCGCGAUCCUUGAUGUUGAAAGCAUCGAUAAGGUGAUCUCGCUCGGCCAUGAUUGGGGCUCCCUGACUGCCCAGCGUCUGUACAACUUUUAUCCAGCCCGCGUCAGUGGCGUUGUCAUGCUUAACGUGACCUAUAUCCCUCCCUCGGGUGACUUCAACCUCAACAAGUCCAUCGAAUCGACCAAAAAGAAGUUCGGCCGCGGCCUAUUCGAAUACUGGUACUUCUUCAUUGCUCAAGAUGCCGUCGAUAUCAUGAACGGAAACCUUGAGUCUGUCUACGCCGUCGCUUUUGGCGAGCCCGAGACCUGGAUCGAGACCUUUUGCACACCCGGCGGAAUGCGCCGCUUCAUCAGCGAAGGCCGCACGCAACCAACACUACCAUUCGCGACGCCCGAUCACAAAGCGGAAUUCAUGGAGCGCUUCAGCAGAGAUGGGGACGGAGGGUUCGCGGCUCCAUGUUGCAUGUACAAGGCCAUGGCUGCCGGCAUCCAGAACGAGGCGGACAUGAAAGUGGCCGAGGAGGCGAAGACAGUGAGUGUGCCUGUACUGUACUGGGGCGGCACACGGGACUUUGUAUGCAGACCGGAGGGGUUGCAACAGAGCAUCGACGAUGGCCUACUCCCCGACGUGAAGAGCGUCAUCCGUGACGGAGGGCAUUGGGCUUGUCUUGAGAAGCCCGAUGAACUCGGACGGGACGUGGUUGGAUGGUUGCAGGAGCGAUUUGCGUAGGUCCCCAUAACAGUUAAAGCCGCCCAACGGAAUGAACAUUCGUCUAGCACGCGGCAUACCAUUCAUUCACUUGAAUGACAUGUUCCAGAGAUGGUGCCAGAAUAAAACAACCUAGCAAGUACAUGAAUACGGUUGCAAUGGGGGUAAUUGAAUUGCAAUCACUGAUCAUAUAAUAAGUAUCCAAAACUAAAAAGAGACUGCCAAUUCACUCUCGUGGACUGGUAUUGGACGAUCAGGGGAUUGAACCCUGGGCCUCCCGCAGGCAAGAGAGAUAAUGCAAAGCGGGCGCUCUACCACUGAGCUAAACGCCC